AUGACAGCUACUACUAAUACCUCGCCAAGAGCUGCUUUAGGCGGCUUUUCUGAACAUAACGUUAUUGUUGUAUUGGGAGCUCAGUGGGGAGAUGAGGGAAAGGGAAAGUUGGUUGAUAUUCUUGCACAGGAAGCUGAAAUUUGCGCAAGGUUUGCGGGCGGCAAUAAUGCUGGACAUACAAUUGUCGUGAAUGGAAACAAGUAUCACUUUCAUUUGCUUCCUUCCGGAUUGACCAACCCCAAGUGCGUAUCAAUUAUCGGAUCGGGCGUAGUCGUGCAUUUGCCAGCAUUUUUUAAAGAAAUUGAAGCGCUGGAAUCACAAGCUAAUCUGGCUACACCGUCGUCCUUUCCAAAUUCAGGUCUCAAAGUGUCUGACCGCCUCUUUCUCUCGGAUCGCGCUCACUUGGUUUUCGACUUUCAUCAAAUUGUAGAUGGUUUGAAGGAAGUCGAACUGGGAAACUCGUCCAUUGGAACUACGAAAAAAGGCAUAGGUCCUGCUUAUUCAAAUAAAGCAUCGCGUUCGGGCCUGCGAGUGCACCAUUUGUUUAAUAGUGAAGAUUUUGCAAAAAAAUUUAGGACAUUGGUUGAAAAUAGGAGGAAGAGGUACGGGUUUUUUGCGUAUGAUGUAGAUCAAGAAAUUGAACGAUACAAGAACUUUGCAGAACGCCUAAAACCCCAUGUUAUCGACACUGUGACAUUUAUGCAUCGUGCCUUGGCUUCUCAGAAACGUAUUCUUAUUGAAGGAGCCAAUGCAUUGAUGCUUGAUCUCGAUUUUGGCACAUAUCCCUUUGUUACCUCAUCCUCUACAACCGUUGGUGGUGUGUUAACUGGUCUUGGCAUUCCUCCGCAAAGUAUCGGGAAGACUAUAGGUGUUGUAAAAGCCUAUACAACCCGCGUUGGCGGGGGGCCGUUCCCUACAGAACUGGACGACAAGAUUGGGGAGCACCUUCAGCAAGUUGGAAGGGAAUGGGGUGUUACAACAGGUAGAAAGAGAAGAUGUGGAUGGUUGGAUUUGGUUAUGAUGAAGUACUCAGCCAUGAUUAAUGGAUAUAAUAGCUUGAACCUGACAAAGUUGGACAUAUUGAGCGGAUUGAAGGAAGUUAAAAUUGCUGUUGAAUAUAAAGUCGAUGGAGUUCCAUUGGAGAGCUUUCCCGCUGACUUGGGUGUGCUCUCGCAGGUAACCGUAAUAUAUGAGACCCUCCCCGGUUGGUCAGAAGACAUUUCCGAAUGUCGAUCAUUUGAUGACCUUCCCCUCAACGCACGCAAUUAUGUUAAUCUCGUCGAAACGCGUUUGAAUGUCCCCGUUGAGUGGAUUGGUGUCGGUCCGGGAAGAGAUGACAUGAUUGUUAGGAAAUAA